AACACAGAAGCGCGGAGGGAAAUGUCAGGUCUUCCAGGCAAUACUUAAAUUAAAACAACACGCAGGUUUGUCAGACAAACGCUUUUUGAAGUUGGGGGUACAUAUUGUGUUCUUGAGUAUAACAGUUGAAGGAGCCCUCUCCUCUAGGAUCUACUCAAGGGUUAAGAACAUGAACACUGGACAAGCUUAUCCCCUAGCCUCCCUCUAUGUGGGGGAUCUUCAUCCUGAUGUUACUGAGUCUAUGCUGUACCAGAAGUUUUCACCUGCUGGACCCAUUAUGUCUAUCCGUGUAUGCCGUGAUGUCAUUACUCGCAGAUCUUUGGGGUAUGCUUAUGUUAACUUUCAGCAGCCUGCAGAUGCGGAAUGCGCUCUUGACACAAUGAACUAUGAGGUCCUCAAGGGUCGACCAAUGAGAAUCAUGUGGUCACAGCGGGAUCCUGGUCUAAGGAAGUCUGGCGUUGGGAAUAUCUUCAUCAAGAACAUGGAUGAGUCCAUUGACAACAAGGCACUUUAUGACACCUUCUCUGCGUUUGGAAAUAUUCUGUCCUGCAAGGUUGUGUGUGAUGAGCGUGGUUCCAAAGGCUAUGGCUUUGUGCACUUUGAGACACAAGAGGCUGCCAACCGUGCCAUUGAGACCAUGAAUGGCAUGCUGCUGAAUGAUCGUAAAGUACAAGAGGCAGGUAAAGAAAUGGAGACAUUCAGUGCAGAUCCAAGCAUUGCAAACCCAAAGCUCCAAUCCCUGUGGAAAAAUUGUCAGCUGUCGGCAAUUAGUUUUGUAGGCCAUUUUAAAUCCAGAAAAGAACGUGAGGCAGAGUGUGGAGCAAAGGCUAUGGUCUUCACUAAUGUUUACAUCAAGAACUUUGGUGAAACCUAUGACGACAAGCAACUUGAAAACAUCUUUUCAGAGUUUGGCAAGACGCUGAGUGUUAGGGUGAUGCGCGAUGAGCGCGGGAACUCUCGUGGCUUUGGCUUUGUGAACUAUGAGAAUCACGAGGACGCUCAGAAGGCUGUGGAUGCGAUGAACGGGAAGGAGCUGAAUGGGAGGAUCCUGUACGUUGGCCGUGCUCAGAAGAGGGUGGAGCGGCAGGGGGAGCUCAAACGCAAGUUUGAACAGAUCAAGAUGGACCGCAUGCACCGCUAUCAGGAGAAAUGUUUGGGGGUUAACCUUUAUGUAAAGAACCUGGAUGAUAGCAUCAAUGACGAACGACUGAGGAAGGAGUUUGCUCCCUAUGGCACCAUUACCAGCGCCAAGGUGAUGACUGACGGCAGCCACAGUAAGGGCUUCGGCUUUGUUUGCUUCACCUCUCCAGAGGAGGCCACUCGCGCCGUCACGGAGAUGAAUGGGCGUAUCAUCAGCACCAAGCCCCUCUAUGUGGCAUUGGCACAGCGCAAGGAGGAGCGCAAGGCCAUCCUCACCAACCAGUACAUGCAGCGGCUGGCCAGCGUCAGGACCAUGCCUGGAACCCUGGUGACCAACUACCAGCAGCCACCCUACUACAUCCCCACCAUGCCACAGCCUCCAGGCCGUCAUCCAUACAAUCCAGGUUCUAAUGUCCGCUUUGGCCCAAGAUGGACCACUCAGCCUCCCAGACCACAGGCGCUGUACUCUGCUCAGUACGUGACGACCCGCCGGGCCUCCACCCCAAUCAGCAGUGUCCAGCAGGCCUCCACACAGGCCCCACGUGUUCCCAAAAACAUGCUAAGGAUGGCCAACAUCGGUACCCAGACUGCAGGAAGACGAGCGGUCACUGGCGGUGUGAGUCGUGGGGUCAGCCAGUACAAAUACUCCAGUGGAGUCCGCAACGUCCAACAGGUGAUGCCCGCACCUUCGCCCCCUGUGGGCCAGCAGGUUGCAAGCGGCCCAGUGGUGGAGCCAGCGGUUCAUGUGAGGGGACAGGAGCCUCUCACAGCCUCUAUGCUGGCAUCAGCUCCACUCAUGGAGCAGAAACAGCUGCUGGGUGAGCGUCUGUACCCCCUGAUCUACGCCCUGCACCCCAGCCUGGCCGGGAAGAUCACUGGCAUGCUGCUGGAGAUUGACAACUCCGAGCUGCUCCACAUGUUGGAGUCUCCCGAGUCUCUGCACUCCAAGGUUGAGGAGGCUGUUGCUGUGCUUCAGGCUCACCAAGCUAAAGAACUUGCAACUAAAUGAAGAAAGACACAACAGCAAGACUUUACUGAAAGGGGAGAGAAAGGGCACAAAAGUAAUGUAAAAUGAUUUAAAAAAAAAAAGAAAAAUUUAAAAAAUAUAUAUACAAUUCUAUAAUUGUGAACUGACAUCAUUUGGCUAUUCUAAUGCCAUCAUGCAGUUUCAGUUUGUUGCAUAUGUUGUACUUU